GCAUGAACACUUGCUGGGACAUUGACAUUGGGCACUUUGGUUUCUGACUCCACCACUUGUUGGGUGAGACUGGAAAUAAUAGUAAUUAAUCCCGGCUAACAUUUCAUGGGCCCUGUGCAUGCCCCAGGCAUGGUGCUAAUCUCACUGUGUAAGUGAAUUUCAUUGUUUUACCAACCCUGGAGAUUGUUAAGAAAACUUAAGCCCAGAGAGGCCAAGUGGCCCGUGCACAGGGCUUCACCUAUCUGGGCCUCGUUUUUUUUUUUCAUCAGUGGGACAGGAUGAUAAUAUCUGCUUCUCGAGCACACUGCCCACGCAAGAUGCCAACCAGCUGGCACCUCAUGGACCCUUAACAAAUGGCCUCUGCUAUGAUGAGUGUAUUAACCCGGCACACAACGGUUAACCAUCAAGUCUGGCUGAGUGCCUAGCUAAGCCAGGGCCCGAGAGCCACACAAUUUCUCUCAUUAUCCCAGUUGCUGGGUGAAUUGGCAGGGAGAGACCUGGGAAGUACCUAAGACAAAAGUUACUAGGAUUGCCGGGGGCUUGUCUUCCGGGCAGUGCUGCGCCCAGAAAACUCCCUUCUCCAGCCUGCUUCCUCAGAGGAUUUUAAAUCAGCCCUGCCACCACCAGCAAGAGUGAGAGGGAGGCCAGAGCUCCCGAGGAAAACCAGAAGGUAGGCGCCGCAAGGUGUCCCUCCUGGGGGAAUCCAGGCUCGCUCGAUUGCCUGCAGUGACCAAUAGAAGUCAAGGAAGAUGGACAGUUGUGGAUGAGCCCGUUGAUGUGACAGUUAUUUAGUGAGCACCUGCCGUGUGCCAAGCAUUCUGACCUUGGCAGACAAGUCUUUGCACUUAUGGAACGCAUGUUCUUAUGGAGAGACAAGCAGUAAAGAAGCAAGAAGAAACCUAUCAGCUGGUGGCACAUCACGCUUCCUUGUGUGCUAUCCUGAGUGGACUGCCUCUCUCUCCUCACCCCAGCUCGCCUUCGAGUAGCUGUCACUCCCACUUCACGGAUGGUGCGGCCAGUGUCCCAGCAAAGAGGCCACUUGCUUAACUUGUCCAGGACAGCGAUGGAAGGACGAGCAUUCCAACCAGACCCAUGGACUCCCAGCUUUAGUGACAGAUCAUCAGCGUGUAUAACACCGUAUAUGGACGCCGAGAGAGAAGCCCUACAGAGCACCGCCUACCCCAAAGUGCAGAACUUCUGCCAAAAGCACGGUCUGAUGUUCGAGGUUGUCGAUCUCAGGUGGGGUAUUCGGAACACUGAGGCCACUGAGCACAUGACCACAGAACUCUGCUUGGAGGAACUCGACCGGUGUCGGAAAACAUCCACAGGGCCAGCUUUUGUUGCCCUUCUCGGUGACCAGUACGGCCCCUGUCCAGUCCCCACGCUGAUCGAGGAGAAGGAGUGGGAGGCUCUGAGGGCCCAGCUGACCUCCAAGCCACGGGACCUGGAGUUGGUAACUCAACACUUCCAGAGGGACGAGAACGCCGUGCCCCCCACCUACCUGCUGCAGGCCCUGGGCACCUCGGAGGCCUGUGGGCCCGAAGAGGCCACGCUGACCUCAGUGCUACGCUCUGGAGCCCAGGAGGCCCAGAGGCUGGGCCUCAUCACCCAGGAGCAGUGGCAUCGUUAUCACUGGUCAGUCAUCGAGUGGGAGAUAGACCGGGGCCUGUUGAGCUUGACGGAUGGAGACCGGGGGGCAACCAUCUUCUUGAGAGAGAUCCAAGACCUCAACAAACACAUCCUGGAAGACUGCGCCCUCAAGAUGGUGGACCGGCUCCCAGAUGGCUGCCUGGACACAGACGCCCAGAACCUUCUCCGUGGCCUCAAAGGACGCAUUGCCGACGUGCAGCCGGGAGUUCUCAGGGCUCACCACCUGCCGUGGAGCCGAGACCUGGUGAACCCUAAAAACAAGGCUCAUGCUCGGUACCUGAAGGAGCUGGGGGAGCAGUUUGUGGCCAGGGCUAGCCACCAGGUCCUGGAGCACCUCCGGGAGCUGGAGGCGGGCAGGCAGGAGUUGGCGUGGCUCUAUCAGGAGAUCCGCCACCACCUGGGGCUGAGUGCCGAGGCCAAUCAGACUUUCUGUGGGCGCCAGGAGCUCCUGGCCCAGCUGGGGCAGCAGCUCCAGCAGAGCGACAGCCACCCCCACUCUCCCCUCGUGCUCUUUGGGCCCCCAGGCAUCGGAAAGACAGCUCUGAUGUGCAAACUGGCGGAACAAAUGCCAGGCCUGCUUGGCCGCAAGACGGUGACCGUCCUGCGGCUUCUGGGAGCGUCACAGAUGAGCUCCGACGCCCGAGGCCUGCUCCAGAGCAUCUGCGCCCAGGUGUGCCUGGCCUACGGGUUGCCCCUGCCCCCUGCCCAGGUCCUGGAGGCCCACGCCAGGGUGGUACAGUUUUUCCACACCCUCCUCCACACCGUCUCCUGCCGCAACUUCGAGUCCCUUGUGAUCCUGUUGGAUUCCAUGGACGAUGUGGAUUCCAUCUGCCGCGCCCGGAGGGUCCCCUGGCUGCCUCCCAAAUGCCCCCCGAGGAUCCACCUUAUCCUCUCAGCCUGCUCAGGGCGCCAGGGGAUUCUAGACACCGUGCGACAGACGCUGACGGACCCGGAAGCCUACUGGGAGGUGACACCCCUCUCCGGAAACCAAGGGCAAGAGAUGAUCCAGCUCCUGCUGGCCGCCUCGAGGAGGACGCUGAGCCCAGGGCAGAGGGAACUGCUCUGGGCCAGCCUCCCAGAGUGCGGGCACCCAGGGCGGCUGAGGCUGGCCUUCGAGGAGUCCCGGAAAUGGGCCUCCUUCACCAUACCUGCCCCCCUGGCCUCCACUGCCAAGGAAGCCAUGCACCAACUGUGUGCCCGCCUGGAGCAGACACACGGGCAGGUCCUGGUGGCCCACGUGCUGGGCUACAUCGCGUCUUCCCGGCAUGGGCUCUCAGAGGCAGAGCUGAAGGACGUCCUGUCCUUGGAUGACGAGGUCCUGCAGGUGGUCUACCGGGACUGGACCCCGCCCAGCAAGGAGCUGCUGCGUUUUCCACCGCUGCUCUGGGUGAGGCUUCGCCGGGAUCUGGGCCACUGCUUGGCCCGGCGGCCCGUGGACGGCUUCACGCUCCUGGCCAUUGCCCACAGGCAGCUGGCCGAGGUGGUCCAAGAACGCUACCUGUCCGGGGUCGAGAGAGCCAAGAGGCACGGGGUCUUGGCUGACUUCUUCUCAGGGGCCUGGAGCCAGGGCACCAAGAAGCUCGUCACCCUGCCACUUGUGGGGAAGCCCCUGAACCUGGACCGCAUGGUGGCCCCUCAGCCCCUGUGGUUCUCAGACACGGUCGCAAAUGUGCGGAAGCUGAAGGAGAUGCCUCAUCACCUGGUCCACUCAGGCCGCCUUGAAACGCUGAAGCAGGAGGUUCUGGGCAGCAUGAACUGGAUUUCCUGCCGCAGCAUCUCUGGAGGCAUCGAGAGCCUGUUGGACGACUUUGACCUGUAUGCCCCUUACCUGGACUGUCCGGAGGUCGGCCUGGUCCGGGAAGCCCUCCAGCUGUGCCGCCCGGCCCUGGAGCUCCGAGGCAUGGAGAGGAGCAUCCUAUAUACAGAACUCCUGGCCAGACUCCAUUUCUUCACGACCUCACAUCCGGCGCUGGUGGGACAGCUGUGCCAACAGGCCCAGAACUGGUUCUGGAUGUGCCCACAUCCUGUGCUGGUACCCCUCACAGGAUUCCUCCAGCCCCCGGGAGGACCCCUCCGGGCAACCCUCACCGGCUGUCACAAGGGCAUCACCGCCAUGGCGUGGAGCGUGGAAGAGAGGCUGCUGGUUGUCGGCACCCAGGAUGGCACCGUGGCUGUGUGGGACACGGAAGAACAUCAGGUGAUCCAUAUGCACAUGGGACACACAGGAGAGGUGAGGUAUGUGAAGGUGUUUGCCAAAGGGACACUUGCCCUCUCUGCCUCAAAGGACCAUACACUGCGCUUGUGGAAUCUACUGACUGGCCAGGAGAAAUUCACCAUUUGGGAUGGAGGCUCAAAGGAUCCUAUGCACCCUGAGACCUGGAGUCUUCACUUGGAUGAAACAAAGAAGGUUGUGUAUUUGGCAUCUGGCUCAAAGGUCAGUGCGUGGCAUCUAGAAACUGCAGAACUGGUUUUCCAGAUCCUGGGAGAUCCCUCUGACUGCUGGGUGUAUGCAGGAGUGCUGGCUUCCCGGGCCACGCUGCUGACCGUGUCCCAGGGUGGCGUGGCCGGCCUGUGGAGCUCAGCCACAGGAAAGCCGCAGGGGAGGCAACAUUUAUCCAGCAUCAAGGAAGAAACGCCUACCUGUGGGGUCUCGCUCCAGAAGCAGGGGAAGAUGGUCACCGGGUUCAGCAAGGGCUCCGUCUCCUUGAUUUCCCCCGAAGGAGACAGCCUGCUGGAGAAGCUUCCAGAAUCUGUGAGGUUCCUGGUAGUCUCUGAAGACGAGUCCCUUCUCGCUGCAGGGUUUGGAAGAUCCGUCCGGAUAUUCUUGGCAGACUCACAGGGGUUUCAUCGAUUCAUGGCCACCGACCUUGAACACGAGGACACCGUGGAGACAGCCAGUUUUGGUCCUGAGAACAAUCUGAUUGUCACUGGGUCCCGGGACGCACUCAUUCAGGUGUGGAGUCUGUCGGAGCAGGGGACCCUGCUGGAUGUUUUGGAAGGCGUCGGGGCCCCCGUGAGCCUGUUGGUCUGGGGUGGGGCCUUGGUGGCAUCUGCUUCCCAGCAGUCCUCGUCUUUCAAAGUCUGGGAUCUCACGUCUGUGCAGCAGCCGAGGGCCUCUACCCCGUUUCUGGAUCGCACUGGCCUCACUGCGGUAUCACACGAUGGAAGCUACGUUUACUUCCCCAAGAUUGGGGACAAGAACAAAGUCACCAUUUGGGACUUAGCAGAAGGUGAGGAGCAGGACGUCCUGGAUGCCUCCAGUGAGGUCAGAUGUCUGGAGGUGGCCCAGCAGGCCAAUCUUCUUUUCACUGGCCUCGUUUCGGGGGUCGUCCUGGUGUUCCCCCUGAAUUCCAGACAGGAUGUGAUGUGCAUCCCCCCUCCCGAGGCCCGGAAAGCCAUCAACUGCAUGGCCCUUAGUCAAGGAGAGGAGCGCCUGGCCAUCGCCUAUGACAGCAUCAUCCUGGUGCUGGACAUCAGCCCCGGGGAUCCCUGUCCGGUUGUUGAUGGGCCAACAUACACCUUCUACACCCAGCUGCCCGAGACCAUCUCCAGCGUGGCCGUCCUGGCUGACUACCGUGUGAUCUACGGCAUGACCGACGGUGAGCUCUUCCUUUACGAGUGUGCGAAUUCCAAAGUGUUCCCUCUGGAGGCCCACAGGAGCCGGGUCACCUGUGUGCAGGUCAGCCACAAGGAGCAGCUGGCGGUCAGCGGAUCCGAGGAAGCCCUGCUGUGCCUCUGGGACCUGCAGGUCUGCAAGUGGAGAUUCGAGACGAGCUACACGAAUUCUUACUGUAGAGGAGUCCAGUGUGUCUGCUUCUCCAAGGAUGACAAGUACGUGUAUGCGGGCUUGAAGGACCGCUCCAUCAUCGUCUGGAGCGUGCUGGAUGGCACCUUGCUGGCUGUCCAGUUUGUCCACGCCGUGGUGAACAGAAUCAUCCCAACUUCCAAUGGCUUCAUCGCCCCCACGAGACACGGCUAUCUCAUCCGGGAGCGUUUCCAGGACCCUUCGUCAAGAGCCUCACAGCAGGACCCUCUCAAGAACUUCAAGAAGGCAGUGUGGAAGGUCAAAUCCAGGCAGAGAGACGAAGCGGCGGCUGUCGCAGGAGUCCCCCAGGACUCGAGAUCAGCAAGUGCCCAGGGAAAUGCGUGCAAAUCGAACAAACGCUCACAAGUCUGCCUGCUCGUGUAGAACCCCCUCCCCCAUGGGGGCAUGAGACGCCAGUGACUUAGCCCCCCUUCAGUCCGGUUGAAGCAAAGAGAAUGUACGUGUUGAUGUCUAUCCGGACCCAAAGCCCCAGAUUAUAUGACUCAGACCCUGUUUCUCACCAUCUUUCCACUCUGCUCUCCUGCUUGUUGGCUGGGUUCCCCCAGGAACCCGCCACCCCCAGGUUAGCAACAUGACGGCCAAGUUCAGUAGAAAAGAGACCUUCCCUUUGCCAGCAGUCUGAACCGAAGUGCUGGCCCCGAUUCGAUUGGCCCCAGUGGGCUCGUGCACCUAUCUCUGGGUGAAUGCAGUGCUGUGAUUGGCCAGCCUGACCCAGUGUCCACUGGGGCUGGGGAUGGAGUCAAUAUGGCCCAAGCAUGUUGCCUGAGAACGGGAGGGACUGUGCCCGGGAGGGAAACUGGGGGGUGGUACAGGGCAAAGGAAGGAUGGCUGGAUGUAAGAUUCACCAAACCACAGAGGUGGACCACAGAGCUUUAUCGUUAAUUUAUAAAGCAUCAGGUGCUAUUGUCUGAUCCUUAUCACAGCCCACACUUCAGGGAGGGUAGGAGUUUCUGCAUCCAUUUCACAGACAAGGAAACCGAGCCUUGGCAGGUAGCUGUGAUUUGCUCAAACUCUCAAGCCUGGGGUGCAGGGGCUCUGAGAGAAGAGAGCCAGGAGCUUUCCCGUCCCAGUCCUGUUGAGCCACCUCGCUCCAAUUUUAGUCUCAGAAGCAUGACCAUCUGUACCACAGGUGACACACUCAAAUGCCCACGGGGGCCAGUGGAUAAUCUAGAUGAUGACCAGGCACCCGGGUGAGCAGCAGAGAGUGAUGGAGACCGUGGGGACGUGUGGAGGACAUGUGCUCUGCCUGGGGCGGGCAUGGGCACCCUGACUCUACCCUAGAAUGGCUGCGGGGAAAGCCGCUCCCUGGUGCCAGCUUCCUGUUGUUGUAAACAAAGCCAGAAACCCAGACUUUCAUGUCACAUUUUCCCCAUUCUUAAAAGUUAGCGACUGAUGGGAAUGCAAGCUGGUGCGGCCACUCUGGAAAACAGUAUGGAGGUUCCUCAAAAAACUAAAAAUAGAACUACCCUACGACCCAGCAAUUGCACUACUAGGCAUUUAUCCACGGGAUACAGGUGUGCUGUUUCGAAGGGACACAUGCACCCCCAUGUUUAGAGCAGCACCAUCAACAAUCGCCAAAGUAUGGAAGGAGCCCAAAUGUCCAUCGAUGGAUGAAUGGAUAAAGAAGAUGUGGUAUGUAUAUACAAUGGAGUAUUACUCGGCAGUCAAAAAGAAUGAAAUCUUGCCAUUUGCAAUGACGUGGAUGGAACUGGAGGGUAUUAUGCUAAGUGAAAUUAGUCAGAGAAAGACAAAAAUCGUAUGACUUCACUCAUAUGAGGACUUUAAGAUAUAAAACAGAUGAACAUAAGGGAAGCAAAAAUAUAUAAAAACAGGGAGGGGGACGAAGCAUAACAGACUCAUAAAUAUGGAAAACAAACUGAGGGUUACUGGAGGGGUUGGGGGGAGAUGGGCUAAAUGGGUCAGGGGCACUAAGGAAUCUACUCCUGAAAUCAUUGUUGCACCAUAUGCUAACUAAUUAGGAUGUAAACUAAAAAAAAAAAAAAGGUAACGAUUGACUCACAUUUACAGCUACAGGCACAUUUAGCCCGUGUGUCUCUAGUUCAGGAGCCGGCUUCGUGAGUCAAGCCGGCAUGAAAAUAACAAACCUGUCAUAGCCUCUCCCCUCUGUCGGAUUCCAGACAGUUUCAGAACAAGCAACCUUAGAAACAGAGGCUUUUAAGCUACAUGUGACCCUACUGACUGUCUUAUUCAGUAGUUUCCCAAACUAGGGUUCCCAAAAGGGCUUUGGCACUUGCGUGGAUAUGAGUAUCAAAUCCCAUUUUUAAAACAUAUUUUAAACCGUAAUUUAAAGAUGCCUGUUCAGCUGGGUUAGGAAGCAGCUUUUAAGGUAGCGGAGAUAACUAACUUAGGAUUCUCCUGCCGUCUUCCUUUAACCAAGAUUUUGAGGGGAGGCCUUGAAAAGACAGCGACUCGUUGCCACUCCUCUGUGGAUCAGGGGUUUCACCCAACGCAGAAAUAAAGUGGAUGUUGUGACAGAGUGAAGAUUUCAGCUACAACGUACGGUUUUAAAUGUGUGCGCCCAUCUCGACGGCCUCAGUGAGAAUCCAUUGUUUUUACGUAAAUACUAAUUUGAAGAUAGAAGAGAAAUUUUACCAAUAAAAUGCUACUCUGAAUUGUUGUACUAUUGGGAGUUUUUGCAGUGAACUUUCACUUGAGAGAGUCUGGUUGCUAUGAAUGUUUGGCAAGCCCUGUGCUUUAAGGAGGUGUGAUUUGUGAGAGAUGCCCCUGCCAGGGCAGAGCCAGGCUGAAAGCCCCACUUUGCUGUCUUACGCUAAGCAGUACCAUGUAACAUUGCAUCCAAACUGGGAUACUUUUGAGAGAGAAGGGUUGCGCCUUGAACAAUUACUCCUUGAGGUGCCUGGGUGGCUCAGUCGGUUAAGCGUCUGACUCUUGGUUUCGGCUCAGGUCAUGAUCUCACAGCUCAUGGACUCGAGCCCGAGUCAGGCUCUGUGCUGACAGUGUGGAGUCUGCUUGGGAUUCUCUCUCUCUCUCCCUGUCUCUCUGCCCCUCCCUGCCUUUCUCUCUCUCAAAAUAAAU